GUUACGAGCACCCGCGUCGAACUUUCUGCGGGGAGCCUGGAGGCUUCGGGAAGGUUUACGCAAUCAGCCAGUAUAUUCCAGCAAGAACGAGUCAUACCAUACCAUGCCUUAUAAGAGAUCCCUCAUCGGCUCCUCUGUCCAUCAUCAUCAUCAAAUCCAGAGAUCAACCACUUGACAACUACUCAACACAAACAAGCCACAAUGAUCUUCGCAAGCCCAUACAACACUUCUCCCUCCCCUUUCGACCUGAUCCCCGCCAUCGUUGAUUUUGCCUCUCAGUUCGAUGCACCCGCACACAACCACGUCCGCGACGCCGCUCACCGGCAACACGUUCACAAGGCACCCACUCGGCCCUACACCCCUCCUAUCGACGUCUAUGACGCGGAUGACAGGACUACGAUCUAUGCAUCGUUGCCUGGUGUCAAGAAGACGGAUAUCGAGAUCUCGUAUGAUGCCGGAAAGAAGAUCUUGAGCAUCGCGGGUCAGGGUGGGGUUGUGUAUCGCGACCCAGUAUCCGAACCUAUUCAGGCUGCGAUCGAGGAGAAGAAGGAUGAGGAGAUGACGGAUGCCACCACUACCACCGAGGUGCCCGAAAUCGUCGAGCCCGCAUCUGAGUCUGAAAAGGAAACGUCCGAAAAGUCCGCUGAGAAGUCAGAGGAGUCAAAGCCGAGGAGAAGAAGCGUCACAGUUGAAGACGUCCCUGACGGCGCAGACGAUGAUUUCGCCAUCGUGACUCACCCCAAGUCAAUCACCUCCCCCUCACCAGCUGCUGAGAAAGCCGUCGUCAAGGCUCCCGAACCCUCGCCCGCACCCGCACUGGUAGCUAAGACUGCUGGACCCAUCCCGCGCGUCCGUGAAAUCCCUUAUGGUACCUUCGCACGCCAUAUCCCCCUAGCACGAUUCCUCGAGGGAAAGAAGGUCGAUGAGGCGGAUAUUACGGCGAAACUUGAGAAUGGGGUUUUGACGAUUGAGGUUCCCAAGAUUGUGUUGGAGGGAAGGAAGAGGAUUGCCGUCUUUUAGAGCUGAAAGAUGAGGAGUCAUACGAUAUAGUUUUGUUUUGCGUGUCAUGUUAAUGGGUUACGGUCUUUACUGGAGUGUUCUUUU